GCAGGAAGCGGCGGCCGCGGCGCCCCGUCCGCGGCUCCUGUCGCUCCCCCGCCCGGCGCCGGGCCUGGCUGCUCGGGGACGAAAGUCCCUGCGGCCGGGCCACGGUCUCCGCGACGGGACGGGCUCGCCUCGGCCUCUGGCCCCGCCACCCCCGGCCCUUCCCGGGGCUGGGCCACCCUGUGUCUCCCCGUCAGCAGCAGAUCCCUCGCCCCGAGCGGGGCUGGCCCCGGCCUGCUCGUUCCCUCCGCCCCGUGGCCGCUCGGCUGCGUGGGCAAAGUAGCCGGUUCCGCGGGGUAACCCGGCUCGGCGACGGGUUUAAACAACCGGUUCGCGUCUAGUCGGGCAGCGCCCCACAGGGUAGUUACCUGUUGGGCUAAGUAUAAAACUCCUUCUUCGGUGCUUUACCUGCAAACUCUGCCUUUUAACUUUGAGAUUGUUGAGACUAUCAUUGAAAAUCUUUCCCUUUUAUUACUAGUUAACUUACAAAUAGAAACACAAAACUUGGCUUGUGGUCAUAUGAAUAUGAUCCAUGUAAAUGUCAGUCAGUGUUGUCAGAUUUUCUUAAAAGGUUCAUUGUUGGUUUAAAGAUCACACAUUUCUGACUUAGAAUAGCACUGUAUUUUUAUGAAAACAAAUAAUACUGAUUUGCUAGCUUACUCUUCAUCCCUGUUGUAUUCUCAAUGAAAACUACCUACUUUCUAAUCAGCUUUAUUUUUGUCUUUGAAUUAGUAUGCCCUGUGCCAAAUGAAUACUUAAAUGCAGCUGAAACCCUCUGCGAGUUCAUCAUGAUUCUCCAACAGCUAUUUAGGUUUUCCUCCAUUUUCCGCUCUGCCAUCUCAAUACACUUGCGUAGGAACAUUGGCCUUUCUGCUAUAGUGUUUAAUAAGGCGAAGGAACUUGAUCCAGUUCAGAAGCUCUUUAUAGACAAGAUCAGAGAAUACAACAUGAAGAGCCAGAAAGCUGGUGGUCCAGCUGAUGUAGGCCCUGAAUACCAGAAAAACAUGGCUGAAGAAAUCGCCAAAAUUCAGCGGUUGUAUGGUGGGGGAGACCUGACCAAAUUUCCAGACUUCAAAUUUGAGGAGCCCAACUUUGAAGAGUCUCAAAAAUGAGGUGGUUGGCGUCUGCAUUCCAAGCACUAGUGUCAUCUUUCUCAUGGAGUUGUUAAAUAGGCCAGCAGUUGUAAUUUAAUGUGGGGUUUCACUUUCAAAUACUUGUUUGACUUCUGAUCUCAAUACAGUACAAGUACAACAUGAUUCUUGUGAACUGCCAUAUUCAUAAAAUUCACUUUUGGAAAUCAAAUAUAAAGUGCUCAGUCUUUUAUCCAGUGUUUAAACACUAUUUACUGAGAUGACAUUUCAGUAUCCAGAUAAAACCAAAUGAGCACUUAAGUGCAAAAUACAGUUAAAGUUAAUAGCUUUCCUGUUGAAAAGAACUGCGCUUCCCUAAAUUUUAAUCGUGUCACUGAAAUCUUAUAAUAAUACAAUAAAGCCUACAAGUAUGGCAUUAUUGUAUGCAUGUGAUCAUUCUGUGCAAUAGUAACAUUUUAUUUAGACAUAUCCAGGAACUCAAACAUUGCAGCUCAUGCCACAUAUCCUCCAAUUGUGCAAGGCCCAUGAGCUGAAGUGGACUGACUUUUAUAUAAUCUUGGUGCACCAGUACAUUCUUGCAGAGGCUAUCUUGUUCUUCUAAAUAAAAAACUUGAGGUUU